AAUCCGGAAUUCUCUAAUUUAGCUUCACAUACACUUGUUGGUUUCGCUGGAACCUACCAGAAUCCACUCGUCUCCUCCUUUAAAUUCCCCUAAUCACUGACCGUUGCACCGCUCAUAUCUCGCCGGAGCAGAUUUCCUCCCAACCUAUCUACAUACCACUCACAAUUUUGAUACCUCGCCGGAGUUUGAUGGCUGCCUCGUCGUACGCCGCCGUUCAGCUUAAUGUUCAUCCGUCGGAGUGCGCGAGCAGGACCGCCUUGUUCUCCCGAACGCCGGUGUGUAUUAACUUCUCAACCAAACCUGGAGCGUUGAAGAAUGUGAAUCCGUUGAAGUUAAGGAGUAAGGGCGCGGUUUUCAAGGAUAAAUCGGAUAGAUUUGCCAGGAAUUUCCGAUCACUCAGAGUACGCUGCGAGGCUUCCUCGACCGGACGAAUUACGCAAGGGGAUUUCACGGAAAUGGCGUGGCAAGCGAUUGUAUCUUCGCCGGAAGUGGCGAAGGAGAAUAAGCAUCAGAUAGUGGAGACUGAGCAUUUGAUGAAGGCUCUUUUGGAGCAGAAGAAUGGACUUGCUCGUCGUAUUUUUUCCAAGGCUGGUGUGGAUAAUACUCGUCUGCUUGAAGCAACGGAUAAAUACAUUCAACGCCAGCCAAAGGUUCUUGGUGAAUCCGCUGGCACAAUGUUAGGACGAGAUCUUGAAGCGCUAUUACAGCAAGCCAGGGAGUACAAGAAAGAGUUCGGCGACUCAUUCGUCUCAGUGGAGCAUCUGGUUCUUGGUUUUGCAGAAGAUAAGCGUUUCGGGAAGCAGUUAUUCAAGGAUUUCCAACUUUCACUGAAAUCAUUGAAAGAUGCCAUUCAGGCCAUUCGAGGACGUCAAACAGUUAUUGACCAGGACCCCGAAGGAAAAUAUGAAGCACUUGAAAAAUAUGGAAAAGACUUGACAGCCAUGGCUCGAGCAGGCAAGCUGGACCCAGUCAUAGGAAGGGAUGACGAGAUAAGGAGAUGCAUACAGAUUCUUUCUAGGAGAACUAAGAAUAAUCCUGUUCUAAUCGGUGAGCCUGGUGUUGGAAAAACUGCAAUUUCUGAAGGGCUUGCGCAGAGGAUUGUACAAGGAGAUGUUCCACAGGCUUUGAUGAAUCGCAGGUUGAUAUCUCUCGACAUGGGAGCUCUAAUUGCUGGUGCAAAAUACCGCGGAGAAUUUGAAGACAGAUUAAAGGCUGUGCUGAAGGAAGUCACUGAUUCUGAUGGCCAGAUAAUCCUCUUCAUCGAUGAAAUCCACACAGUAGUUGGUGCAGGUGCGACAAACGGUGCAAUGGAUGCCGGGAACCUCUUGAAGCCCAUGCUUGGCCGUGGAGAGCUCCGGUGCAUCGGAGCCACCACCUUAGACGAGUACCGUAAAUACAUAGAGAAAGAUCCAGCCCUGGAACGUCGGUUCCAGCAGGUGUACGUCGACCAACCCACUGUAGAAGACACUGUCUCUAUCCUCCGUGGUUUGAGGGAAAGAUAUGAACUGCACCAUGGAGUCCGUAUCUCAGAUGGUGCCCUUGUCGAAGCAGCAAUUCUAUCCGAUCGUUACAUCAGUGGGCGGUUUCUUCCCGACAAAGCUAUUGACCUUGUCGAUGAAGCUGCUGCCAAAUUGAAAAUGGAGAUAACUUCAAAACCAACAGCUCUCGAUGAAAUUAAUCGGGCAGUUCUAAAACUUGAGAUGGAGAGGCUAUCCCUGACUAAUGAUACUGAUAAAGCAUCGAAAGAUAGGUUGAAUCGCCUGGAGGCAGAACUGUCUCUCUUGAAGCAGAGACAGGCCGAUCUGACCGAGCAAUGGGAGCAUGAAAAAUCUGUAAUGACGCGCAUCCAAUCGAUCAAGGAAGAGAUCGAUAGAGUAAAUCUGGAGAUACAGCAAGCCGAGCGAGAGUAUGAUCUCAAUCGGGCGGCCGAGUUGAAAUACGGGAGCUUAAAUUCCCUGCAGCGUCAGCUCGACACUGCAGAGAAAGAAUUGGAUGAGUACAUGAGGUCGGGAAAGUCGAUGCUCAGAGAGGAAGUCACCGGGAACGACAUCGCAGAAAUAGUCAGCAAAUGGACGGGAAUUCCCAUCUCCAAGCUACAACAAUCCGAGAGGGAGAAGCUCCUGCACUUGGAGGAAGAGCUGCACAAGCGCGUAGUCGGACAGGACCCUGCAGUACGAGCCGUCGCAGAAGCCAUACAGCGAUCGAGAGCGGGCUUAUCGGACCCCAACCGCCCAAUCGCGAGCUUCAUGUUCAUGGGCCCUACAGGUGUCGGGAAAACCGAGCUGGCCAAGGCGCUCGCCUCUUACCUCUUCAACACGGAGGAAGCGAUGGUGAGAAUCGACAUGAGCGAGUACAUGGAGAAGCAUGCUGUGUCGAGGCUGAUAGGGGCGCCGCCUGGGUACGUUGGGUACGAGGAAGGGGGCCAGUUAACAGAGACGGUGCGGAGGAGGCCGUACGCUGUUAUUCUGUUCGACGAGAUAGAAAAGGCCCACGCCGACGUAUUCAACGUGUUUCUUCAAAUCCUCGACGACGGGAGGGUGACCGACUCACAAGGGCGGACCGUGAGCUUCACGAAUACUGUGAUUAUCAUGACGUCGAACGUCGGAUCGCAGUAUAUACUGAACACGCAGGAGGAUGAGAACACGGAGAUGGCUUACGAGACGAUAAAACAUCGCGUGAUGGAGGCUGCACGUGCAAUUUUCCGCCCCGAGUUCAUGAACCGGGUCGAUGAGUAUAUAGUGUUCCAGCCUCUCGACCGGGAACAGAUCAGCAGCAUCGUUCGCUUACAGUUGGAUCGGGUGCAGAAAAGGGUAGCCGAUCGGAAGAUGAAGAUAGAGGUGAGCGACGCAGCGAUAGAGCUCUUAGGGAGCCUCGGCUAUGAUCCGAACUACGGAGCAAGGCCGGUGAAACGAGUGAUCCAACAGUACAUUGAAAACGAACUCGCAAAGGGGAUUUUGAGAGGCGACUACAAGGAGGAGGACAGUAUACUUGUCGACACCGAGGUCACGGCCUUUUCCAAUGGCCAAUUGCCCCAGCAGAAGUUCGUCUUCCGGAAGCUGGAAUCGGCUUCCGAAGCUUCAUCCUCAGAAAACCAAGAGGCGGUUUCAUCGGCAACAUGAGGAUAUCGAAUGCAUGCACGUGCACGUGCUAUCACUCGUGAACUGACACAAGCCAAAAACAGCGGUCCGUAACUUCCCUACCUACAGUAGAGUACACAACUGAGAUUUCUAUAGUUAAAAAUAGUACUACGCUUACUGUCAUAAUGAAGUUCUUUGAGUACUAAACUGCAGUUCACUUAAGACACGUUAUUAAUGUAAAAUUUUCUACAGUAAGUGAGCAUUUGGUGAGUAGAAAGAACUACUAACAGCAUUUGAGGAUUUUAAAGAAGGGCCGUCAUGAGUUAGAGACUCGAUAGAUACAACAAACAACACAUAAUUAAUACACAGCCAAAACACAAA